AUGUCUGAUGAUAGUGGAAGUGAAAUCAACGUCGAGUUUUCUGCUGAACAAAAACAUUACAAAAGUGCACCGUUUGCUUCUUCAAAUCUAAGAAUUGUUACAGUAUCCGAUCGAACAUGCUUGACGUUCCCAAAGAAAAUGAGCAAACCUGAGUUUAUAACGAUUAUGCAGAAUGCAGAAAAUAAUCCGGAACUGAUAAAUGACACACCACCAGUAGAACCUGGUUUUGGAAGAUGUGAAGUGUUUGUAAUGAAUAAAAAUAUUCAAAAAGCAAAAUUAGGAAUUGAUAAUUUCACUCCGUGGCAUAAAGGAGGAGUAAAAAGAUCACUGGAACGUCAGCAUUCGUAUUUCUACACUAUCAAAGAAUCUGGUCAAUUUGUACCUUCUCACAAAGAUUUUGCAACUCAUGUUUUGAGAAUCAGUCUCUUCGUUUUGGCUUCAUGUCAUGCCCUCAAUAAAAAGAUAUACCGAAUGUUCAAAAUUGAUGACCCAACUACCCACUGUCUUCCAUCUUUAAUUGUGUAUACUUUUGAACCCGGUUUCGAACGUCCCACUCCUAAUUCACCUGCAGUUUUGAAUCGAAAAGCAUUGGAUGAUAUUCUGCUGAAUGCAAAUAUUUCUCAAUACCAAUCACCUUCAACAUCUUUAGAGAAACUGGCAAAUGGUAUUUGUUCUCCAGAUUCAUUCAAUAGCAGUCCUAAGAGAGCAAAAAUGGAAGGAGAUUUUGAAUCUACUUUCGAUAUGACGAAUUUUGGAGCUGGUCCGUCUGGGAUGAGAGAACCAAAACUAGAGAUUGAAGGUAGUUCGACUGGAUCCCCGAUUAGAGAAGAGGAAGAAAUAGAUUAUUCGAUCAAUAAUCGGCCAUCAUUGUUCAAUGUACAGACAUCACAUAAUACGCCAUCAUCUUCAAAAGUGCAACAGAAUCAUUCGAAAUUUCAAAAUUACGAUAUGUUUUCUGCUGGAGUUAUUUCAAAUGCAACUGUUCCGGCUCCGAUGUUCCAUCCACGUAUCACGCCUAUUGCUGAUCUAGAUAAUGAGGAUGGAAAGAUAGAUUCAGAAGAGCUUAUUCAAAGAAACAAGUUAGCUGCUCUCUAUAGACUUGUAGAUCUUUUCCGGUGGAGUCAAGGAAUUUAUAAUCAUAUUACGGUUCGGGUAUCCAGUAAUCCUGACGAAAUUCUUAUCAAUGCAUUCGGCCAAUUAUACUGUGAAAUUAGCGCUUCAUCUCUGAUAAAAGUAGAUUUGGAUGGAACUGUUAUCGAUGGAGGAUCCACUCAUUUUGGUGUCAAUCAAGCUGGAUACGUUCUUCAUUCGGCAGUUCAUAAUGCUCGGCCUGAAGUCAAAUGUGUUGUUCAUCUUCAUCAUCCAUCUGUCGUUGCGGUUUCUGCUCAAAAAUGUGGAUUACUGCCGAUCAGUCAGGAGGCAAUGAUUGUUGGAGAAGUUGGAUAUCAUGAGUAUCGAGGAAUCCUAAUUGACGAAGCGGAACGAGCAUUACUCGUCCGUGAUCUGGGAGAUCGGCAUGUGAUGAUUCUCCGAAAUCAUGGAUUCGUUGUGUGUGGAGAGUCAAUCGAACAUGCUCUCAGUCUGACAUAUCAUUUAAUUAUUGCAUGUGAAACACAAGUGAAAACAGUUCCCGGUGGGAAUACGGACAACGUGCAUUUCCCAGCCCAAGCGGCCAUCAAACAGGUUUACAAAGUAGCCAGCAAUGGAGGCGGUGGUGUGAACCGACAAAACGGACAUGUCAACUCAACACAAUGGAGGAAAGGAGAACUAGAAUGGCAGGCAUAUAUGAGACAGAUGGAUGCACAAGGAUACGUUACCGGGCAUGUCUACGAUUAA